AUGGCCAAAGUCGAGCACAAGGCUGUCCUCAUCGUCAUUGACGGAUGGGGCAUUCCUUCUGAGACCUCCCCCCCGGAAGGCGAUGCCAUUGCUGCAGCCGAGACUCCCUUCAUGGACGGAUUUGCGAAAGAGGGCUCUCAGACCGCGCAAGGUUACACCGAACUGGAAGCCUCCGGGCUUGCUGUGGGUUUGCCUGAAGGGCUCAUGGGUAAUUCUGAGGUCGGGCAUCUCAACAUUGGCGCAGGCAGAGUGGUCUGGCAAGAUGUGGUACGAAUCGAUCAGACUAUCAAGAAGGGGGAGAUGAACAAGGUUCAAAACAUCGUCAAGUCCUUCCAGAGAGCCGUAGACGGCAAUGGAAGGCUCCAUCUUCUUGGUCUUGUCAGCGACGGAGGCGUUCAUAGCCACAUCAACCAUCUCUUUGCCCUCCUUCAGGUUGCCAAAGAAUUGAAGGUCCCCAAGGUGUUUAUCCACUUCUUCGGCGACGGCAGAGACACCGAUCCCAAGAGUGCUGCUGGCUACUUGCAACAACUGCUGGAUAAGUUGCAAGAGCUAGGAGUAGGUGAAUUGGCAACGGUUGUAGGCCGGUACUACAUCAUGGAUCGGGAUAAGCGUUGGGAUCGUGUGGAAGUCGGCUUGAAGGGCGUUGUCGUUGGGGAAGGAGAGGAAUCGUCCGACCCGGUCUCCACGAUCAAGGCCCGUUACGAGAAGGGCGAAAAUGACGAGUUUCUCAAGCCCAUCAUUGUUGGAGGGGACGAGAGGAGGGUCAAAGACGGCGACACCUUAUUCUUCUUCAACUACCGCUCUGACCGUGUCAGAGAAGUCACCCAACUUCUAGGGGGUUACGAUCGAUCGCCCAAGCCAGACUUUCCCUACCCAAAGGACAUCCAGAUCACCACCAUGACCCAAUAUAAGACCGACUAUACCUUCCCCGUCGCCUUUCCGCCUCAGCACAUGGGUAAUGUCCUUGCGGAAUGGCUCGGCAAGAAAGGCGUCAAGCAGUGUCACGUUGCUGAGACUGAGAAAUAUGCGCACGUGACCUUCUUCUUCAAUGGUGGAGUCGAGAAGCAAUUUGAAGGAGAGGAACGGGAGAUGAUUCCCAGUCCCAGAGUGGCGACCUACGACUUGGAACCCCCCAUGAGUGCCCAAAAGGUGGCGGACAAGCUCAGUGAAAGGAUAUCCGACAAGAAAUUCGAGUUCCUGAUGAACAACUUUGCACCUCCCGACAUGGUGGGCCACACGGGAGUCUAUGAAGCCGCCAUCAAAGGUGUCGCCGCCACUGACGCUGCCAUCGGCACCGUCUACGAGACCUGCAAGAAAGAAGGCUAUAUUCUCUUUGUGACCGCCGAUCAUGGCAAUGCCGAGGAGAUGCUGACCGAAGAAGGCACUCCCAAGACGUCUCAUACCACCAACAAGGUCCCAUUUGUCAUGGCCAAUGCGCCUGAGGGAUGGAGCUUGAAGAAGCAAGACGGCGUCAUCGGAGACGUGGCGCCAACUGUGCUUGCGGCCAUGGGGUUAGAGCAACCUGAAGAGAUGACCGGGACAAGUUUGUUGAUCAAGAAGUAA